UUUUUUGUUUGUUUUUUUUACCAUCUCCGGAUGGUUAUAUCACAUUUUUAACUUUAAGACCCAGAAAAGGAAUAUCAAAAUAACUGUGAACUCAGUUAUUGAAAACAUGUUCAUUAUAGAAGUAAUUGUUUUGUAUUAAAUUAUUAUUAUUUUUUAUUUCAUAGAUCUGUGCAAAUAAAUAUAUCCACAGUGUGUAGGACUUUUCUUGUUUAUUACAAAUGUUCAAUAAUAAGAGCAAAUUUGGCACUUAAUAUAUGUCAAAUUAAAGAUUACAAAACAUGUAAUCAGUAAUCCAAAAGUAAUCAGAUUAGAUUACCAAAAACAUUUCUAAAAUCCAAAGGAUUAUGUUACUGAGUACAGUUGUUGGCAGUGUAAUUUGUAAUCGGUACUGGAUUAUAUUUCAGAACAAACAGAGCUGGAAAUGAGUGCAGUUUUGUUAAAAGUGUUGUUUUGAAAGUCUGGUUGGCUCUCUCUUUGGGGCAAUCUGCUCAAGUACCCAUAGAUCAUAAACCUUGAGACCAAUCAAACGGCCCAGAGACAUCAAUCUUAUUUGCGAUCUUGAUGUCAGAAGCACAUAUCCCUUUCACUCUCUCUGAUCCUGAUUCUCUUUACGGGAAGGAGGGAUAUUUAUUCCAAAAAUAGCCACACACAAACAGUAGUUUUAAAUUUUAACAGAGCAGACAAGACAGAAGAUAGAGAAAUCCUACUUAAGAAUUGUGUGAAGCCACCGCCAAAGUACAGAGGAUAUAGCCUUCAAAAGAUAAAUAAAUGACUCAGAUAGCUUUGUACGUCUUUGAGAUGUCUGUUGUAGAUCUUUUCAUCUGUAAAGCAUCAUAAUCCAAUUAACAUCUGCUAAACAUCUUAAAAAGAUCAGGUUUACAAACAUUAUAAAUCAUAAAUGUCUCAAAUACAUCUGCUGAAUGUCUUAUUAACAUCUGAGAGGAAACAUCUUAUAGAUGUAUUGCAGAUGAGCAAACAACCUAAAAAAUACAGUACCGUGCAAAAGUUUUAGGCACUUAUCAUAAAUGUUGCAUAGUGAGGAUGUCUUCAAAAAUAAUAACAUAAAUAGUUUUAAUUUAUCGCUUAAUGUCAUACAAAGUCCAGUAAACAUAAAAAAAGCUCAAUCAAUAUUUGGUGUGACCACCUUUGCCUUUAAAACAGCACCAAUUAUCCUAGGUAAACCUGGACAGUUUUUCUUGGUUGUUGGCAGAUAGGAUGUUCCAAGCUUCUUGGAGAAUUCACCACAGUUCUUCUAUCUAUUUAGGCUGUCUCAAUUGCUUCUGUCUCUUUAUGUAAUCCCAGACUGACACGAUGUUCAGUGGGGGGCUUUGUGGGGGCCAUGACAUCUGUUGCAGGGCUCCCUGUUCUUCUUUUCUAAUCUUUUCUAUUUGCAAAAGUAAUGUUUGGGAGUCUAACAUUUAUAUUUCCUAUUGACACACUAAAGCUGAAGAUAUAAAUAACCAUUUUAAGACAAAUGCUUUUGUGAAACAUCUUAUGUGCCUAAGACCUUUGCACAGUACUGUACAUCUUCCAGAUGAAAACACACCUCAGAUAGACGUCUGGGUGACGUACCUGUGCUAUCAAGGGCGAGUUUGAACAGGUCUCAACUUUAUUCAUUUGUUUCUACUAUUAGCUUCCAAUUAAGGAUGGGUUAUAAGAAAUGGACAGGGUGAGAGACUAAAUAGCUGAUAACACGUUUCUUGAAAUGCAGCCUUGUUCUUUAUGGAUUGAGGACAAAAUGGGCCAAAUUCAGUACAUUUUGAUGUGUUUCUUUCUGUACGAUUGAUGUCCACACAGACAAACUAGCCUUGCGUUCCACGCACAAGCAGAGGAGCGACACGGACAUCUAGCGGUAUAAAAGACAAUUGCGUACAUUGAAUCCGACAUGCCUCCAUUUUGCCCACAGUUGAAAGGUCGACGAAAAGAUGGCAGCUUCAUUGAUUUGUAACCAGACGCAAAGCAGGGUGAGCUCUGUGCUGAACCGAGAUGUCAAGCAAUUCGGCAAAAAGUUUAUGUUCGAUUCCAAUGAGGAGACGUGCUGGAAUUCUGACCAGGGAGAAUCCCAGUGGGUUAUCGUGGAGUUCCCACAGACUGUUAAAGUAUCAGAACUCAGACUACAGUUCCAAGGAGGGUUUUCAGGGAAAUCUUGCCGAUUAGAAGGAGGUGUCAAAGAAGAGGAUUUUAAACCUAUUUUAGAUUUCUAUCCAGAGGACAACAACUGUCUACAAAGUUUUCCCAUUCAAGAUGCCCCUUUGGUGCAGAGACUUAAAAUAGUGUUUGAAAACAGUGCUGACUUUUUUGGAAGAAUAAUUGUUUACACUUUAGAUAUCCUGGGGGAAAAGAUUUUGUAAUGUUUUGAGAAAAGGAUUGAAAGGAAGAAGAGGAGGGAAUGCCAACCACUUUUUUCCCCGCUUGGUGAUGGAGAGAUUGUGUUCAC